GUUUAAAGCAUUUUAUACACCAUUGUAACUAAAAAUGUCAGACACCGAACAGAAAGAGGCAAUAGCAGCGCGAGGUCGCGCCAAAGGGUCGAUCACACGUUUGAAAAACAGCUUUGACCGAGAAGCGCUCAUAAAUUCGCCGAUAGAGUUAGUGCUAGCAAAGAAAACUAGGCUUCUAGAGGCCUUUCGUGAGUAUGAGCGCCUCACUAGCAAGGUUGCCUCGCUUCUUUCCUCCCCACCAGUUACUCUCGCCACCGAUGACGAGGAGGUUGAAGACAAUUACAUUUUAUUGGUAGCUCAGUUAGAUAGCAUCAUAAAUGUUAUCCGCCAAAGGGACAAUCCUCAAGUGGCUGCUCAAUCCACUACCAGCAGCGCAAAUGGCGUAAGUGUCAAGUCGGACAACCUCAAACUGCCUCGGGUCGUGAUAAAAACAUUCACAGGUAAAUACACUGAAUAUUACGAAUUUAUAAACAUGUUCACAGCCAUGAUCGAUAAGUGUACUUCUUUUUCAGCAGUGCAGAAGCUGUAUUAUCUUAAAGGUUUUUUAAGUGAUGAACCGCUCGAUUUAAUAAAAAAUCUGCCAUUAGAAGACAACAGCUAUCCAGAAGCACUGCGCUUACUGAAAGAACGAUACGAUAAUAAAGUUCGAAUUACGCAAGAACAUGUUAAUGCACUGCUAGAUAUGCCUACAAUCACGCGAUCUAACGUCACUAAUUUACGAAAUUUUAUUUCAGUUGUCAAACAGCAUCUUGCUGCUCUGCAAAACCUGGGUGAGCCUGUAGAUAAGUGGGAUGCCAUAAUUAUUUGCAUCCUAUCUAAGAAGAUCGACCUGCCUACCUACAGAGCAUUUCAACUGGAGCGAAAUAACAAUGUGUCGCCCACGGUAAAGGAAUUCCUAGGUUACGUGGAAAAACGUGCCCUAGCAUUUGAAAACACUGACGUGCAAAAGGGGCCUUCGCAGAGCUUUGUCAGCCAUCCUGUAGCUGCACCAGCAAAGCCGUCAGCGCAUAAGCCUCAGCUGCAAUGUUUAUACUAUUCUUCUGACGCAGACGAAGAAUAAUGGAGACCAAGCUACCAAACAGCCUUUUGUGACUGUGGGCAGUGCAAGUACUUCGGCACCGAGCUUUACAACCUCGAGUGCUGCAGCUUCGAGCACUUCAAUAGCAUGCGCCGCUACACCACAAGGCCCUACACUAGUGCAGACAUCAUUUGGCGUGAUCAUCGGUGGUCGAAUGCAGCUACCUGCAAGAAAAAAGUCUAAACAGGUAAUAUCUUUGCUGUGUAGGGAAGGCAAUGAAUAUUUAAGCGAUCUGUCAAGUGAAUUUGGGGAAACAAAAAAGGUGCCUGGAAUUUUCCUAGAUAAUUUACCAGAGCAAGACUAUUGUGAUAACCUUUUUAGGGAAUCUACAAAGCUAGUAGAUAAUAAAUAUGAGGUCUCACUGCCCACUAAGGUCCCUUUAGAGAAAGUCAACUCUGAGUUAGGAAAAUCUUGUCACUUGGCACCUAAACUAGAAAAGAGGU